AUACCACGUCAGCUUUUCGCUAGAUGCCUAAUGAUAUGACGCCCCGUCUAGAAAUAUCCACAGCAUUGCCCACCAGACGGCGACAUCAUUGGCUAGAUCGCGAAGUUAUAGGUCACAUUCCUGGUAUACAGUCCGAAAAAAUUGAGAGCUUUAUUUAAAUUUCAGUCUACACACUCACUCUCCCCUCACAUCUCAUCUACGCUUUCACCCUCUUUAAUAUUCACUUGUUAUCUUUUCUCGCUGUGAGAUCGUACGACAUACGCUUCAUACGAUGGCGCCUCUCGUGUGGCUCAUUACCGGCUGCUCCUCCGGAUUUGGUGCCCAGUUCGUCCACUCCGCCCUUGCCCGUGGAGACAAAGUCAUCGCGACAGGCCGCAACGCUGCCACAAAGCUCAAACACCUCGAAGGAACCGGCGCUUCUAUCGUCGACUUGGACGUAACCCUGCCUGAGGACGACGUCAAGGAAAUCGUUGAUAGGGCGGUGAAAAUCCACGGCAGGAUUGAUGUGCUGGUCAACAACGCCGGGUACGGUGUGUUCGGGGCCAUGGAGGAGACAAGUAACGAGGACUAUAAAAAGCUGUUCAAUGUAAACGUCUUCGGAGCACUCUCCGUCACCCGUGCCGUGUUGCCGUAUAUGCGGGCACAGCAGUCCGGUACCGUCGCCUUCGUUGGGUCCAUGUACGCUUGGUGGACGCCGGGUAUGGUGUCAGUGUAUGGCGCCGCAAAGGGAGCACUCAGAGCCAUUGUCGACAGUCUCGCCGCCGAGCUCGCCCCAUUCAACAUCCGCACCAUUGACUUCGAACCAGGCUACUUCCAGACCCCGCUCACCGACGUUGCAAAGUUAAGCCAGUAUGCUUCCACCAAACCGCCGAUGGACGCGUAUGCAGCACACCGCGCUGCGAUAGUUGCUGUUUCGGAGGUAAUGGAUGGUAAUGAACGCGGUGACGUCAAGAAGGGCGUCGAGCUAAUGGUGGAUGUGAUUCGCGGUGAGGGGUGUGCUAGCGGAAGGAAGCUCCCUCCAAGAUUGCCGAUUGGGUAUGAUGCGGUGAAGGUAAUUGAGGGCGCCUGCAGCAAUAUCCUCAAGGUUAUCGAUGUGUGGAGGAGCGACAUUGUCGGGACGACCGAUCGUGAUGAAUUUAAGGGUGGGGAUCUCAUCGAGUCCGUUAGCACAGUACCCGAGGUCGAACUGUAGGUACCUUAGAUAAGAAGCCUCGCUCACAUCCCUCGUAUGACACAGCUACAUUCCUUGUCCCAAGGUUGUUGCUGCCACGCAGGCCACAGUGGGGUCAGAUCGCCUGCCGGUUCGAGUUGAACAACCCGAUGAGCUCGUUGCCGUGUCUGUCAUUCUUGCUUUGAGCUCACCAGCGGCAAGCUCGCUAUAGUGGACUACCGAGGGUAGGGGACUUGCUACGUACUAGUAUACUCAAGCGCACAUGGCAGAAUCACCCAGUAGGCACUAAGGUACUGAACGUCGUCCGAUAGCCACAUCUCUCUGAUCGAGGCAGGGAC